AUGGCUUCUUCAAAUGAGGAUUGGAAGCCAAGACUUGGAAUGGAAUUUGACACUAGAGAAGAGGCUGAACAAUUUUAUCUUGCUUAUGGUUUACGUGAGGGCUUCGGAGUUAGAGUACGCUUUACAAACAGGAAGAAAGACGGUAGUGUAUCGUCAUGUAGGUUUGUUUGUUGUAAGGAAGGAAUACGGAAGAAAGAGGAUAAAUGUGCAUAUGAAGGAAAAAUUCGGAGAGGUGAGACUAGAACGAAAUGCUUAGCAAAAAUUACACUUUCAAGUAAAAAUGGAAAGUUGGUUAUCAAUGAGUUUGUAGAAAACCAUAACCAUGAUCUACUAAAUCGAGAGACAACACACAUGCUUCGAUCACAUAGAAAGAUAACUGAAGUACAAGCAUAUGAGAUUGAUAUGGCUGAUGACUCUGUAUUAAGGCAGAAGGAAAUGUAUCAACUUAUGAGCACACAUGCAGGGCAUAGCGCUAAUGUUGGAUUUACAGAGGUGGAUUUGUUGGAGAAUCCGUCCUUCUUUUAUGCAUAUCAGAUGGAUAUAGAUGAACAGAUUACAAAUGUGUUCUGGUGUGAUGCAAAUAUGAUUUUGGAUUACGGAGGUUCGAUCAUUUUUGGUGCAGCUCUAAUGUAUGAUGAGACAAUUCCAUCAUUUAAAUGGUUGUUUGAAACAUUCUUACAAGCACACAACAACAAAAAACCAAAGACGAUCUUCACUGACCAAGAUCAAACAAUGUCUAGGGCACUUGAAGAAGUGAUGCCUGAGACUCACCAUGGUUUAUGCACAUGGCACUUGUUGCAGAAUGGAAUUAAACAUCUUGGAAACAGGAUGAAGAAAGGAGCUUCUUUGCUAACAGAUUUCAGCAAGUGCAUGUAUGAGAUUGGCAUUGAAGCAGAUUUUGAGAAAGCUUGGUUUGACUUGGUCAAUGAACAUAAUCUUCAUGGAACAACUUGGAUCAACUCAGUUUAUGAAAUAAAUAAAAAAUGGGCUGCAUGUUAUAUGAAGGAAGCAUUAACACUUGGCAUGCGAAGUACACAAAGCGGCAACUGUAGCAGCAUCGAUAGUGAAGAAAGUCUCAUGUUUGUUGAUAAAAGUGUAGAUGAAAUGUUCAAGAAAGUAAUAGAAUGUCCAACACAAGGUAGAGACAAUGACAAUGAUCAUCCAUCAUUUGUGAGUUAUGAUGCUAUGCAAUCAAAGGGAUUCAAGAAACAACCCAGCUCAAAGGGAACUAAGCGACAUAAAAGUUUCCUUGAGCGUCAGCCCAAGAAAAGAAGUGCUCCUCCAAGUAAACACGCUCAAUCUAGCCGUGUCCCACCUCAAAGAAGUUCACAGGUUAGAGAAUUAACAACUAAUAUGGUCAAUGGAGUAUCUUGUUCCGCGCCUCCAACUUAUGAGCCCCCGCUAGCACGUGGGGGUAUGUUUGUUAGUUACACAACUAUGUUGAUGGCACCUUUUGAUGAUACAAAUAUUGGAGCAUUACUUUGA